ACAUCAAUAAAUCAGUAGUGGUAGUUUUCUUUACCUUCAAGAACUCUACGUUCGUAUCUUAAUCUUUACUAACACAGUUUAAAGGACAGAUGUGGUUUUAUAACAGAACACAGUGUUUUUAGUUUGAAGAUGUUAUGGCUGCUCUGUGUGUUGAAAGUGGGGUUAGUACAUAUUCUAAAUCUCUGCUUGCAAAGAUUAAGGAGCGAAUUGAACACAAAAACAAGUUCUUUUCACUGGAAUUUUUCCCUCCUCGAACACCAAGUGGAACAUGCAACUUAUUUGAGAAAUGCGAUCGUUUAUCCCGUGGAAAACCGUUAUUUUGUGACGUCACUUGUAACAUUAGUAAAGAGGACAACGAUAGUAGUCAACACUUUGUUGAAGUUGCUUCUACAGCCCAAGAUAUUACCCAAUGUGACACUAUGUUACAACUCAAUGCUUCUCAACUAACAGAAGAGAGGGCUCUGGAGUUAUUGUGGAAGGCUAAAAAAUUUGGAUUGUCAACUGUUAUGGCAAUUUCAGAUGUUGGUAGCAGCAGCAAAAGAUUUGAUGACUUUUCAUCCACUUCUGAUUUAAUAUACUUCAUUCGGGAAAACUUUCAUGAUUUUUUUACAAUAUGCAUUGCUGGUUACCCAAGUAGUUUGUCCAAUGAUACUGUGCCGUAUGAACAGACGUUUGAUCAUUUAUGUGAAGAUGUGCGUGCAGGUGCUGAUUUUAUCAUCACACAGAUGGUGUUCGAAGCAUCAGACUUUCUUACAUUUGUUGAUAAAUGCAAUUCAAAUGGAAUUACUGUGCCGAUUAUACCUGGUGUGCUUCCAAUUCAGAGUUACGGAUGUAUUCAGCAACUGUCGAGGUAUUCAAAGGUUAAGAUACCAGAAAAAAUAAUAAACGUAUUAAAUCCAAUUCGAAAAAACGACGAAGCUGUUUUAAAGUAUGGCAUAUACCUAACAGUUGAACUUUGUAAAGUCUUGUUAAGUAGUAUGUUAUGCGUGGGAUUGCAUUUCUUUACACUGAAUCGAGAAAUUGCAACCACGGAAGUGCUAAAGCGUAUUGGAUUGUGGCAAGAACCACAGAUUAAUCGCAGAAUAUUACCUUGGUUGUCAGAUGAUACGACUGUCCGAGAAGGUGAAGAAAUUAGACCUAUAUUUUGGGCCUGUAGGCCUGGUAGUUACUUGUAUAGAACUUCCAAAUGGGAGGAAUUCCCAAAUGGACGUUGGGGAGAUUCGUCGCUUGCUUCAUUUGGCAGCUUUAAUGACUACCGUUUGUUCUUUGCAAAAAAUGAAGAGUUAGUAGCUGAGCUGCGCAAGAUGUGGGGUGAGGAGUUGAAUUCGGUGCAUGAUAUCUAUGAUGUAUUUGUGGCUUUUAUUUCAAGAAGCAGCAACAAGCAAGGGUAUCCGGUGACUAGUAUUCCAUGGAACGAAGAUGAUUUGGCUGCAGAAACAAGUGUGUUGACCGAGCAACUCGUACAUAUCAACUCGCAUGGUUUUCUCACCAUAAACAGUCAACCGAACGUGGAUUGUGUUGCUUCUACCAACAAGCUGUUUGGUUGGGGUAGUCCUGGAGGAUACGUCUUUCAGAAGGCCUACUUGGAGUUCUUUUGUUGUGAAGAAGACGCACAGAAUUUAUUAGAAGUGUUGAAAGAUUAUCCUGUUGUUGGUUAUCACUUUGUGAACGCUGCAGGUACGAAGAAUUUUACCAAUACAAACACAAAAGAUUCAAACGCAGUAACAUGGGGUGUAUUUACUGGAAAGAUGGUUCUACAACCAACCGUGGUCGACCCAAUAGCUUUUCAGUUUUGGAAGGACGAGGCUUUCGAAUUGUGGUUGCAACAGUGGGGAAGACUGUAUGAUCAUUCAUCAACGUCAUGGAAAAUAAUCAAGCACUUGCAUGAUACUUUGUAUUUAGUAAAUCUAGUUGAUAACGAUUAUGUGAAAGGAAACUGCUUGUUUGAAAUCGUCAACCGUGUGAUUAGCAUGAGGACUAACAAAGAAGAUAUUGUGUUGUGAAAAUAAUAUUUUAUAUCCUAUGUAUAUAAUUUAUAGUUAUUUUUUUUUACAUGUGCUAUUUUUACUGACAGGCUGCAAACUGCUUGCAACACUUGUGCUUACGCAUUAGUUAUGGUUUCGUAAGUUUUGUAAAUAUCGGAUUUCACCAAAGUUUAUAAAUUGGACGGUCAACCUUGAAGGGGGAUUUCUUUCCACCUUAUCAAUCCUUAUAUUUUCUUAAUAUUUUCUUGUAAAACCCUGUAUAUUCAUACCUUUACGUAUAAUACAUUAAAAUAAAAAAGAUAUUAUACAAGUAAGUGGACACCACAUACAAGUAUUGUAUGUGGUGUCCACUUGGUACAAAAUUUUCUGUUGUUUUGUUGUGUUGCUUUUGUUUUUUUUGUUCGUGUGGAGUAUUAUUUGAAGUAGAACCGCCUGUGCAACACCUGUGACACUUUUACCUAUCCAUGUCUUAUUGUUCUUUCUCCCUUCUGUAAAUAAUCUACAUAGGAAAUCCCUUUUGUUAAUAUGUCCUUAAUUUGUACUUUUUUUUAUAUAAGCGACUCUAUCUUUAUUAUAGCCUCAGUUGCCAAAGGUGAAAUUUAGUUGCAGAUUUAAAGUAGCUAACAUUUUGUUUUAUUCAAAGUUUGUAAAAUUUGAGCUAGCAACAUGAUUGUUUAUCAAAAGAAACGUGUUCCAUGAAACUGAUCUCUGUUCCCUGUCAAUGAAAAAUAGAUGGAACCACGUAUCCAUGAUGUUUUAAAAUUUGUCGGAUUUGACUAGCUUUGUUAUUAAUUGUAUAUACGAUUAUAUUUUUUCUGCUACCAGCGUACAUGAUUUUAUAAAUAAAUAGUUUAUAUAAAAUAAUAUGCAGAAUGAUGAAAAGUAUAUAAAAUAAAGCUAGAA